AUGGUGAUUUUUAUAGUUGGAGCCCUGCUCAUCCUCUCUUUAGGUUGAAACAUUACCCUCCUCGUGCUUUAUUUUCGCAAAAAGACUAUCAGAAUUAAAAAAUUUGAACAGGUAAAAGAGGAUAUUGAGAUUGACCUUAGACCAAUGGAGAACAACUUCUUUGAUGUUGAGGUUGACCCUGUCUCGACUCCAGUUAAGAAUUCUAAAGGUAAAGAAAAUCUUGAAGUCGUCUCUAACUUCCAAAACUGUAUUGACCUAGAAAUUGAGGAGUAUUUUCAAAAGAAAGUUAACGAGUGUCAUCAAUGUAUUUCUAAAUAAAGAUUAUUUGUCUCUCAGUGUGAAAUGGAACACUAUGGAGACCCUGUACAAUAUGGAUAACAUCUCUGAGUACAUUACUGAGCAUAUUAAGAGCAAUUUAUUAAGAAAAUCUACCCAAUUUAAACCAACUUCAGAUGAGAAAUCUCUAAUAAAGAACAAAUUUAAAGAUUUGCCACAGAAAAUUACUGAUAUCCGUGAAGAACUUUCUGGGAAAAAGGACUUUAUUCAGGAUCUUAUUGGUGAUCUUCAUACUGAAACCGAGAAUCUUGAAGCAGAAGGAGAGGAAGAGAGUAGUCCCGAGAAGGAAGAAGAAGUUAAGCGUAACUUUACCAAUGAUUUGCCAUCCUCUAAGUAUAACAUAAACAGUAAUCCUUCUGCUUCGAAGAAUAAUAAUAUUUAUCUGUUUGAUGAAGAGGAAGAAGAACAAGAAGAGAAUUCAGAGACUUAUAAAUCUAAAUAACAAGAGUAGUAGUGAUACUUAUCAAAAUAUUUACAAGAGUAAGGAUUCUGGGCAAGAUCGGUAUGAUAGCUACAGAACCAACUCUCAGUUUAAACUCCCUACUGUGGAAGAAGAGCUUCACUCAAAAAGAGAGGUUGCUAAGAAGAACACACAGAAUACAAUGAGACUGGCACAAUUUGAAGACCUCCCUCCUAACCCAAAAGUGCAAGCAAAUAUGAAGUUUUUGAAUGAACUUCGAGGUCUGUCUCGGUUUACUAUGAAUCAAUAA